ACCUACGCCAAAGUCUGGCCACUCAGGGCAAAAAUGUGACACCCUCCGUAAGCCAAAAACAUGAAAUCACCUCCCAGAGCGGGGGCAAGAAUACAAACUCCCUGGGGACAAGAAUGUUGCUCGGCAUAUGCUUUGUGACUGGCACGGUGCCGGGCUUGGGGCUCGACGGUGAUACGAUCCAAAACCAAAAUCAAAACUGACCCAAAUCCCCACCCUCCCUCGGGAAGGGGGAGGGGCUGCUAAUGGGCAGGAGCUUUUUUUCCCCGGGGCCUGCUGUCCACAUCCCUUCCCUGAGCUGUGCACCAGGGGAAUGGCGCUGCCGAGAAAUGCGAACAUGUUUGAUCUGGGCCUGGGCACGUGGAGCCUUAGUUCCGAGGAGGAGAGCCAGAGGGCUCAGGCACCCUCCAAGAGUGUCGGGAAGCAGCUGCCCGAGUACAAGGCGGUCGUGGUGGGCGCGAGUGGCGUGGGCAAGAGUGCGCUCACCAUCCAGCUGAACCACCAGUGCUUCGUGGAAGACCACGACCCCACGAUCCAGGAUUCCUACUGGAAGGAGGUUGCCCUGGGCCAUGGGGGCUGCAUUCUGAACGUGCUGGACACGGCAGGGCAGGCCACUCACAGGGCCCUGCGUGACCAGUGUGUGGCGAUUGGGGAUGGCGUGCUGGGGGUCUUCGCCCUGGAUGACCCUUCGUCUCUAGCCCAGCUGCAGCAGAUGCGGGCCACCUGGGGCCCUCACCACACCCAGCCCCUCGUCCUUGUGGGCAACAAGUGUGACCUUGUGAGCACCACUGGAGAUGCUCGGGCCGCUGCUGCGGCCCUUGCGAAGAGCUGGGGGGCCCCCUUCGUGGAGACCUCAGCCAAGACCCGGCAAGGCGUAGAGGAGGCCUUUACCCUGCUCAUCCAUGAGAUCCAAAAGGUCCGGGAGGCCAUGGCAAAGGAGGCCAUGACAGGGCCGGGUGGGGAUAAGGCCCGGCACCAGAAGGCCAUGUGCCGCUGUGGCUGUUCUGUGGCCUGAAGAUCUCGGUCGAGAAGAGUGGCCUGCCCCCAGGCCAGGGUGGUGGAUCCUAGACAUGAGACCACCUCACCCCCCCCACCCCACCCCCCACCCCAGCAACUAGCUGCGUGGGACACUGUUGGUGUACUGGGGAUAGAUGAAUCCCUCUGUUGGGGAGAUUUUCAUUUGGUGAUGGGCAUUUGGUAACGUGGGGCAUCGUAUUGGUUAUUGGCGAGUGAAGAGAUUGUGUGCCAAAUUAAAUAAACGGUGUUCUCAGGUUUCAAAGCUG